AUGUCAUCCGUCACUUAUGGUGGCACAAACCAUGGAAUCCAGGUUGGAACCAACAACGGCUCGGUCACGGCAGAGUUCCACCAGUGUAGCACGCCAGAAGACAUCAAUCGAUUUUGCCUACGGAAUCUACGCUGUCCUGAUUCGUUAGUGGUGAAACAUCGCUUGACAGAGACCAAGGACAAGUUACACCGCCAAUCGUUUGAAUGGAUUCUUCAGGACCCGCAGUAUCAGAGUUGGCGAAAUGGACAAGAGAUUUGUCUGCUUUGGAUUAAGGGCGGUGCUGGGAAAGGAAAAACCAUGAUGUCAAUUGGUCUUAUUGACGAGCUUUCAAGAAUACAACACGACUCCACUAUGGUAACUUAUUUUUUCUGCCAAAAUGCCGACAGCGAGCUGAAUACCCUUGAAUCAAUUCUGAAGGGAUUGAUACUAAGGUUGGUGAAUCAGCAAAUCAAGCUGACAGAAUCUCUCCGACGCCGCUGGGAUACUAAGAACGACCGCUUUCAUGAUGAUGAAGACGUUACCUCGUGGAGACACCUCUGGAACAUCUUUUUAGAAAUGUUGGAUCGGUGUACCGCUUCGAGGAUAUAUAUCAUUGUGGAUGCUCUUGAUGAGUGUCAAGACGGUGGCAUGGUCGACUUCUUGAAACUCAUCGUCCGGAAUGGACUGGGUAACCCCGCCAAACUCAAAUGGCUCUUGACAAGUAGACCAUUAGAUAGCGCAGAGCGAGCCUUGUUAGCCGGAAAUGAUCAGGUGCAAGUCAGUCUAGAGCUCAACUCAGACUACGUCUCUGAGGCUGUGAAGGCUUAUAUCGCUUAUAAGGUGGAUGAACUUAGUCUUUAUCGCAAAUAUGGGCAAGCACUAAAAAGCGAAGUGAAAACCGCGCUUUCUGCAAAGGCUGAGGGUACCUUUCUGUGGGUGAGCCUCGUUUGCAACAGACUAGAGAGUGUCCACCGAGAUAAGGCAUUGACUACGAUUCGGAAUUUGCCGCCAGGUCUGCAUUCCUUCUACGAUCGGAUACUAAAUCAACUAAGCGAAGGCGAGCCAGAUGAUGUCUUUAAGUGCAUGCGACUACUCAAGGCGAUGAUGCUAGCAUACCAGCCUUUGAAAGUGGAAGAAGUGUCUAGCGUGACUGGAAUAGCUGACGAAGACGACGCCAUCGAGAUGACAGUCAAUCGCUGUGCUUCAUUCCUUAGAAUGCAGGAAAACAAAAUCGAGUUUGUUCAUCAGUCUGCUCGGGACUACUUGGGAGGGGAGAAUGCACAGCCUUUGCUUGACCCACAUAAGCGCUUCGGACAUUACGAGAUUGCACUAGGCUGUCUGUCUCAUUUAGCCAAAAGGCUGAAGGUCAAUCUUCUAGACCUUCCGCGACCUGACUCAACUAUAGAAGAUUGGAAACCGCUGAACGACGGGAAAAAGAAGGUACAGCUAUCUUGUCUGGACUAUGCCGCUACCUUUUGGGUGCACCAUCUUGAGGAUAUUGAGCGAAGGUCAAUAGUGCAGAGCGCGCUUAUUGAGAAGGGCCUUGUUGGGAUAUUACUACACUCGAAAUUGCUUGAAUGGCUAGAAUGCCUUAUCCUAUUAGGCAAGCUACCAAUGGCUAUCGAAGCGUUUAAAGCAUUGGUGAAUAUAACAAAGGGUGACCAUUUAGCAUCGGCACUUGUGCAGGAUGCCAACCGUUUUUUGUUGCAACAUUACCAACUUAUAAAUUGUUGGCCGUUACAGAUAUAUAGCACUGCUAUUAUCUUUAGUCCUGAAUCGAGCGUCGUGAAGAAGAACAAUUUAGAUCGAAUUCCGGCAUAUUUAAAGAAUGUUCCAAUCAUGCAGGGCACUUGGGGCUCCCUGAUACGAACACUAGAAGGCCACUCAAACUCAGUCUGGACUUUGGCCUUUUCACCAGACGGCAAGCAGAUCGCAUCAGGCUCCGGUGACGAUACCAUCAAGCUUUGGGAUACCGCCUCAGGUGACCUUCAGAAGACACUAGAAGGUCAUAAAUAUUGGGUCAAUACUGUGGCCUUUUCAUCAGAUAGCAAGCAGAUCGUAUCAGGUUCUGACGAAAAAACCAUUAGGCUUUGGGAUGCCGCAACAGGUAACCUUCAGAUGACACUAGAAGGCCACUUAGAGUCAGUUAACACUGUGGCCUUUUCACCAGACGGCAAGCAGAUCGCAUCAGGCUCCAGUGACGAUACCAUCAAGCUUUGGGAUACCGUAACAGGUAACCUUCAGAUGACACUAGAAGGCCACUUAGAGUCAGUCAACACCGUGGCCUUUUCACCAGACGGCAAGCAGAUCGUAUCAGGUUCUGACGACAAAACCAUCAAGCUUUGGGACACCGCCAUAGGUGAUCUUCAGAAGACAAUAGAAGGCCACUCAAAUCGAGUUAAUAUUGUGGCCUUUUCACUAGACGGCAAGCAGAUCGCAUCAGGCUCUGAUGACAAUACCAUCAAGCUUUGGGAUACCGCAACAGAUAACCUUCAGAAGACACUAGAAGGCCACUUAGAGUCAGUCAACACUAUGGCCUUUUCACCAGACGGCAAGCAGAUCGCAUCAGGCUCUAAUGAUAAUACCAUCAAGCUUUGGGAUACCGCCACAGGUGAUCUUCAGAAGACAAUAGAAGGCCACUCAGACUGGGUUAGGACUGUGGCUUUUUCACUAGACGGCAAGCAGAUCGCAUCAGGCUCUGAUGACAAUACCAUCAAGCUUUGGGAUACCGCAAUAGAUGACCUUCAAGAAGACCACUCAGACUGUGUUAGGACUGUGGCCUUUUCACUAGACGGCAAGCAGAUCGCAUCAAGCUCUGAUGAUAACACCAUCAAGCUUUGGGAUACCACAACAGGUGACCUUCAGAAAAUACUAGAAGGUCAUUCAUAUUGGGUUAGGACUGUGGCCUUUUCACCAGACGGCAAGCAGAUCGCAUCAGGCUCUGAUGAUAACACCAUCAAGCUUUGGAAUACCAUUACAGGUGACUUUCAGAAGAUACUAGAAGGCCACUCAAGGCGGGUUAACACUAUUGCCUUUUCACCAGACGGCAAGCAGAUCGCAUCAGGCUCUGAUGAUAAAACCAUCGUGCUUUGGGAUACCGUAACAGGUGACCUUCAGAAAAUACUAGAAGGGCACUCAAGGCGGGUCAACACUGUUGCCUUUUCACCAGACGGCAAGCAGAUCGCAUCAGGCUCUGAUGACAAUACCGUCAAGCUUUGGGAUAUCGCCAAAUACUUUAAAAGCUCCUAUUCCCUUCCAGGUCUUUUCGCUAGACAAUGCAAGCUGCGACACUACAGAGAAUUUCAAACCUCAGAGCCGGUCGUUAGCCUAAACUUUUCACCAUGUAACCGGUACCUUGCAACAAACAUUGGACCUAUCAUGCUUGAGUGUAUUGCUACGGACAAACAGGACAGAAGCCGACAUUCUUUGCAGAGUCUUGAUUUCCGAGAACAGUGGAUAUUUUAUGGAGAAACACCCUUCUUUCGGCUACCGUCCGGUUUUCUGCCAUCGUCUUUAGAUGUGCAAGGCGAUCAGGUUGCUAUUGGAUUGCGAAAUGGUCAAGUUCUGAGCUUGAAUAUUGAUCGACACAUUUUGCAGUCAAUGCUAGACGCUCCAGUUAACAUUGAGUAG